AUGGAGGUAAAUGCACUAAUUCUGACAGUGUUCUUGGACAUCACACAGAGAAUAAGGCAAGAAGUGGUUAAAAAUGAAUCUGGUAAAAAACGAGUUGAAGAACCAGAUGAACAGUAUCAACUGAACAACCAAUCCAGUCAACAAAUUCAAACCCUACAAGCUCAACUCAGUGAUUCAAUUUUGUUCCUUCAAAAUAACUUUUCUGAGCAGCUGAGCAGUACUAAUAAAAUAAGCAAAGAUAUCCCUCAAGAUCGACCAUCUGGAGAAUACUGGAUUACCACUGACAGUACUAGCUCUCCUGUUCAGGUCUACUGUGACAUGAAUCGAACAAGCUGUAGCUGCAACACUACAGGAGGAUGGAUGAGGGUAGCCAACCUUGACAUGACCGAUCCCAACCAAAACUGCCCAGAGGGAUUGAGACUGGUAACCAGGGAAGAACCACCAUUGCGUACUUGUGGCAAACAUGCACUGGGAUGUCUGUCUACUACCUAUUCGACGUAUGGGGUGGAGUAUUCAACAGUUUGUGGUCGAAUCAUUGCAUAUCAAAGUAGCACUCCGGAUGCUUUUACUCCAUACUUCUCUAACAGAUUUUUAUCUAUUGAUGAUGUUUACGUUGAUGGUGUGAGCCUAACCCACGGUCACUCGCCUCAUCAGCACAUCUGGACAUUUGUGAAUGCAGUCAAUGAAACUCAAACCGAUAGACGGGCAUGUCCCUGCACAAGACCUAACCUCAACUACAUUGGAGUUGUACCUCCCUUCAUUGGUCAAGAUUACUUCUGUGAAACUAGAAGCCAACAGCACUAUCUAUGCUGGGAUGGUCAGGGAUGCGGGGGUACCAGUACUUACUGUGAGUUCAACAAUCCACCGUGGUUCUGCAAGCAACUCCCUCAACCAACUACAGACAAUAUCGAGUUGAGGCUUUGUGGUGAUGAGGGUAUUAGCAAUGAAGACACACCCAUUGAGAUAGUUGAGAUCUAUGUUCGUUGAAUUACACGCUCAA